AGACUUCACCCGAGCUUUCGCUCGUACCGCUCAGUCUCGCCGCCGCUCGCCGCCAGUUGUGCACAGGGAACCAUAGUAACAUGUUCCACAGCCACAUAAUCACGGGGAUCUUAGGCACUAUCGUGCGAGACGGAACAAAGGUAUCGAUCUCGGACACGUAUACUUACGGGUUCUUCGGCUUAUUGUGCCAUUACUGCAUGGUGUACAUGGAAAAGAAUGGCGAGGUCGAAUCUUUUGCGCAGCUGAUCGCGUUUGUUAGCUGGUGUCUUCAACGAUUCCGUCAGCUUUAUCAGUCUGGAAAAGACGACACGCCGAAGAUGGUGGCAAUACGGCGCCAUACACUGAGAGCCUGGCAGGCGACGACGAGCCAACUCAACCGCAGCCGGCUUGUACAGCGAGACAAAGGCUGGAAGCGCUUCUCGCUCUUGUGGCAAAGAGUGGGAGAUCUCAUCCCGCCGGUGCCAGAUAUGGAGGCGGACGAGGCUGCGUUCGAAGUGUUGCAGCGGUGCGGGUGGGGCGAGUGUCUGUGCAGCGUCCAUAAGCCCGCGCAUAGAAUGAAGAUAUGUAAAGGCUGCUGGGUCGUCGCAUAUUGCGGGCCCAGGUGCCAAAAGAAUGACUGGGAGAACGGUGGGCAUCAGAAGGAUUGUCGGAAGUACAGUGGGUAGUUUGGCCCGAGCAUAUCAAGGUGUCUAAGGUUGAUUGUCGCUCACGUUCGCUCUCAGAGGCCGGGGCAUGUCGUUCCUGGUUUGAAGCGCGACUGCGUCGGAGCUGCUUGGACUCGCCUUCAGUUUGGCGUUACCAGUGCAGAGGUGAAGCUUUAUAUAACACCAGAAUUAUCUGCUGCGAGAACUUGAAGAUUAGUCAUUUCCCUCGAAAUAUGCCUACUGGCAAGAAGCAGUGCUUCGAGUCGGCAUGUACUUUCCCGGGUUUUGUGCUGCGCUUACCAUGCACCCGUGGCCGGCGUUUGCCUCAUCGCGACUCGGGAUUACCACUGUGCUAUACGAAUAAGCCUUGUUGAAACAAGCUGGCGGCAUAGCCCUCAGUGUUUGAGAAGGCAGUUCGUAUUUUGGUGCCUUACAGAGCACUCUGCUGAUUGAUGCAGGAGUUGGCCGGACGCAUACUUAAGGGUUUUAGGUCUAUUCCCGGCUUUCAAGCCUCUACGUUGUGAGGCCAGCCACUCGUAUCAACAACUUUAAC